AGAGUACCUUACUGCCGCCCCCACACCACCAGUGCAGUCAUAGUCCGACUUUCGACUUUGUUUUCCUCCACUCCUUUCUCACUUCUCGCUAGUUGACCGAAGCAACACAUGGGCUCUACGAACUUGUGUCCCCCGUCAAGUCAAACCAUUACCUAUCUACAUCUAGCGGGGCGCAUCCUGGCCAGGUCCAUAUACUGGAAGCUAAUUACCUAUUUGCAACUGUCCGGCGCCUCUGUCACGAACACCGACCAUGGUCAUUCCACCCAUUCAAUCCUUUUAUCAAAAGGCACCACCUGCCUCUUCCGCCUUCUCCCAGACACUACUAGGAACACCCAGAUCCAAUCAUGCAGACAUAAGCCGAGCGCCGUUGACAGAAACGUGGAAGCCACAAGGCAGUUAUGCCAGAGUCAACAUUUCCGAACUUCAGCCAGGAAGAGGCAAGGUCCGAUUCAUGGGGAGAAUUGUCAAUAUAUGCCCGGCCAAGCCUGACCAUCAGCCCAGAGCCCUUUCCUCUCUUCCCUCUGGAUUCCAUUUCAUGGUCGUCAAAGACGAUUCUGGAGUAGUUGCCAUAAAACUUCUCGGCACGCAAUCCGACCUUAUCAACCUCCACCUCGGGAACCUGGUCACAGUAUGGACCGGCUUUGUGGCCGAAUACUCAACGGCAGCCACUAUCCAAGUCCCUUUCGUUUCGAUGAUUAUUCCUGUUCACCCAGGCCCGGCUUCGCAAUCAUGCAUCAAGUUCCACCAAGAUGGAAUUAAUUUAGAGGAGACGGGUCUUUGUCGCAUCCCUUUGGAAUAUAACACUAGUUCUGCGUCCUCUCAGAUGCCGGGACUGAUAAGCCUCAGAGCCUUCAUGAAAGGCACUCGUACCAAGGGGAAGCACGAGGAUGAUAUCUUGACAAAAAUCCUUGUCUGUGUCUCAAGCAUUGGCCCUCGAAAGACCAUCCAGGCCAACAACAAUCCAAGCACUCUGGAACUGGUCGAGGUUCAUGUCUGUGACGAAACAGAUCAUGGUGUUCUCAAACUCUGGAGUGACCAGAUUAUCUCGGCACGCGCAUGGACUGCUGGACAGACCAUCCUACUUAUAACCAACCCAAAGUUCUAUCCCCGAAAGAAAGUCAACGAAAACCCAGGACUGGGUAUUGCCCUGAACUCGAUAGUGGAUGUGGACCCCGACUUUCCCGAUGCUCGCUGGCUUCGACGAAUGGCUGAAGCUCAAAGAAAGAGAGAGCGGGCACACACGCCGUUCCCCGUUGGUGUAUGGGACGUCGAACAAGCUAUCAACGGCCCGAACAGGGUACUCUAUACCUUGGCAGACGUGGAUGAGAGGGUGAGAGAGGACGCCAGCGUUGUGUUUACCGGGAAACUCAACGUCCUCAUCCUUGGUGUCAGUAUCUGCGAGAACCAGAGACAGAACAGACUCUGUUGUUUCGAAUGGUGAGUCGGUUUACCGGAACUAGCCCGUACGGUACUUCACACAAGACUGCCUUUCUCCCAUCGCUCAUCUUUACUCCUCUACCUACGGACCAUAUC